CGCUUGUAAAUCGCGUGGUGAAACGGACGUGCUGCUUUGAAACUCACCCACAAGAAAAUGGCUACAGCUGUAGUCAAAGAAGAACCAGAACUUAAUGAAAUUCAAAUCCUGGACCCUUCAAACUUUCACAUUGAGUUGCUGAACCCAUCUGAGCUAACAAGCGAAGACCAGAUUAUAAAUAUCAAAGUAGAGCCACAGUCCGAUGCUGAUCAGAUGGUAGAAUUUGACCAGAUAGACUCUCAGCCAGAGUCAAAGAAAAUUAAAAGUGAAUACCCUGAAAGUGAUCAGGUCUAUGUUAUUGAUAUGAAUGAUACGAGGUAUAAAAUUAUUAUUGUGAAAGAGGAAGCAAAUGCUGGAGGUACUGAAAUCUUCCCUGGUGCCGCUAUUGAGACACUAGAUUCUGGCUCUGUUUCCAACCAUGCUGCAUCAUCCACUGAGGAGAAGACACUACAAAAUAAAGUUUCAGUUGAAUGGACCUACAACCAAACAAAGCUGCUUUUAAAAACCAAAAUGGAUAUGGCUGAGCAGUGUAUCCCAACUGGCGACUCAUCAUGGGCAGAUGUUGCUAGUGUCAUGACCAAAAGUGGACACAAUGUUACUGCUGCAGACUGUGAAACACAUUACACAGAGCUUUGUAAUCUCUAUCAAACAAAUCGCUUCAAGGCAUUUAUAGCGGGUGAGCACACCAUCGUUUGGCCACAUUUUGACGUAAUGAAGGAAAUUGACGAGCUAACGAAACAGUUUGAACCAGAGGCCUCACCUUCAUCUAAUCUUCAACAAAGGCCAGCAAUAGAUCUGAGGUCAAUACUUGACGAGUGUGACAAAUCAACCAGAAAAAGAAAGGUUGACAACGACAGAACAGAGUUUUUGAACGAUGGCAUCCAGCUCUUGGUGAAAGAGUUUGAGGCAACCUUGGAACAAAUUGACAGCUACAUGCAGUUCUCCCAGAAAGCCACAGCUCUCAGGGCAAAGAUUGAACAAGAGAAAAUGGAACUGCUUGGUAUACAUAUAGAGGAUGUGAACACUGAAGCCUCAACAUGA